AUGUCUGAGCUUGACAAUUCAGAUAUUCCUGUAAAUCUGCGAAGAACGAGAAAAAUAAAGUCAGCAUACAGGAUCCGUCAUUCCAGCGAAUCGACGUCUUCCUCUGAAAUGUCUUCAUCAUCAGCUAGUUCAGAUUAUGAGAAGAACCCUGGAAACCCAUACACACUUCAUAAGGACAAGUAUAAACAAAACUGGAUGUGGAACCAUAAGAUGGACGGUGACCACAUGAACGUCAACCCUUACGCGCCAAUUUUCAGUAAUUAUGGACCAUCCGGCACUGCGUUGUUCUUUGGAAGAAAAUGGUGGUAUUUUAAUCAGGAUGACUUCAAACCGUUAGAAUAAAAUCAAGUAUCAAACUCAAGUAAUCUAAAAAUAAAACAGCAGUUCAUCAACCGUA